AUGAGCAGCGAUAAUGAUGAACCACAAGUCGGUUGCGGGCAGAAAGGAUCUUGUGAAGGGACGAGCAGUGAUGAAUCCCAAGUCGGUCCCGGACAGAAAAGAUCUUUUGAAGAGACAAGCAGCGAUGAUAAUGAACCUGAACAGGAAGGGUCUUAUGAGAACAUGGUUAGCGACAACGUUUUUACGGUGCAGGGUGUGAAACAAGUGAACGUGAAAAGGUUCAAAACCACGGGUAUAGAUUAUCAUAUUCAUAUAUCCUUUGCGAAUGUGGAGCUUUCCGAAUAUCACGAAAGGCUGCACGAAAUAUUUCAAGGCUUGCUUGAUGAAGUUACCCAUGGCGUUCCUCCUCAUGACCAAGUGCGUUUCGUCUUGCAUUCACCGCAACUGGAAAAUCCUAUUUCAUUUCCGUUUAUGCCUCGUCAGCGUCUCACAACGGAACGUGUGUUGGCAGAGUUUGAACGUGUGAUUCAGUCCAAUCGCCAUUUUCAUCUCAAUGAUAGUGUGGAUGUCAAUGUUGUUCAUGUGGAAAUGCCUCGUGGCGGUACAGGUACGAAACGGGCCGAAAUUAAUUUGGAAAAGCAUUUGAUGAAGAAACGCUCAAUUAUACGGAUCCGGAACAAUGAUCAACUUUGUUUGGCGAGGGCCCUGGUCGUUGCGAAAGCCAAAAUUGAUAACGAUCCACAGUAUACGAGCAUUGUUGAUCAUCGGAGGGCUAUGCAAACCCGUUUGGCUCGAGAAUUACAUCAGAAAGCUGCCGUCCCUUUGGGUCCCUGUGGACUUGAUGAAGUAAAACAGUUUCAGACGUACCUUUCCGAUUAUCAAAUUAAUAUUGUGUCCAAAGAUCAUCAGAACGCUCUUAUUUAUGUUGGUCCCGAUCGAGAGAAGAGAAUUUAUCUGUACCUUCACGAUAAUCAUUACGACAUCAUUACCAAGAUGCCGGGGUUUUUCGCUCGUAAAAAGUAUUGCCAUACAUGUAAGAAAGCUUAUGAUCAUCGGGAAGAUCACUUAUGCCCGAAUGCUUGUCAGUGUUGUCGUUUUCCCGACUGUCCCGUUGAGUCCUGGGUUCGCUGCAAUGACUGUAACCGGAUGUUCAAAAGUUAA